AUGACAAAAGAUAUGAAGGGUUUUGAGGCCCCCAUGACUCGCUCAGAGGCGUACCAGAUCUUGAGACUGGGGCCGACGGCCUCCAAGGAGAAGAUUUUGCAAACUCACAAACAGCUGAUGCUGCGGAACCACCCGGACAAUGGAGGGUCUACCUACGUCGCAGCAAAAGUGAAUGAGGCGAAGGAGAAACUGCUGCGGGGAUGA